AUGGAUUAUUAAUUAUUGAUAAGAGAUUAUGAUAAAGUCAAAGAACUAAUUAAAGGAGAAAAAGACAGUUAUUCUUAAUUAAUAAACUUUAAAUGCGAAUAACUAUCAGAAUUGUCAGAUACAUAACCAUUUUUACCAGACAAUACAUUGAACAAUCAACAUUUUGUAGAUUAGUAUUAAGUUGAAAACCUAUAUGUUAUGGACAUUGAAUCAACAAAAUAUUCAUUAUUGAAUUUUAUGAGAGAUGAUAAUCAAAUAACAAAAUAAGUUUUUGAGAAUGAGUUGACUUAUCCAACUUUUUAGCCAUAUUUGAUUUAAUUAUCAAAAUUACCAAAAUAGGAUUUUUAAAGAAAGGUAGGUUGGUUAGAAGUUAUAUAUAAAUUGAUUUAAAGUCCUAAAUAAAAAAAGUCAAUGAAAUUUUAGACUUAUAAUGAAUUAAUUAUGUGGUAAAAAGCAUUUAUAGAAGUUGCCAAGGAUAUAACAAAUAAUUAAGAGUAUUUUUUAAUUCUUAGAAAACCUUUAAAAGAACUAUUUAGAUUAUGUUUAAUUCAAAUAUUAUCAAUUUUAGAUAGAAAUAUUUAUAAAUAUUUUGAAUAAUUAAAUAGUCUUAUAAACAAUGAUUUAAUGUAAAUCUUUUAAGAUUCCUAAUUAAGAAUUACAAUAAUCUAUUCAUUAGCAAAAAUUGUAUUUCCUAAAUUAGAUUCAAAGUAUUUUAUAAAUUAAUUAUUAGUGAAAAACUACCUGAAGAACACAUUAAAAUAUUAAGUAUUUUAAUAAGUCAUGAUAAAAUUAAUAAAAUACCAAAUUUUGAAUCAUGGUUAUAAUUUUUUGAAUUUCUUUUAUUUUUUAUGCUUUCAGAAAUAAAUUUAAAAAAGGAACAUAUUUUUUAAAAGAAUUUAGAGGAUAAAAUAAAGAAAGAACAUCCAGAUAUUCCAUUUAUUGAUCAAUUAUGGUAUUAUGUAGCUGUCAAUUUCACAUAAUAAAAUAUUAAAUUAAAUUAAUCUUUAAAGAAAUUGAUAUCUCAUAAUGUAUAUUCAUUAAUAAAUAUAUAUUGUGUAAGAUACAAUAAAUAUUAAUUAAUGAAUUAAAUAUUAGAAGAUUUAUUGAUUACUCCAUUUGAAGAUGAUGUUUUAAGAAUGAAUAUGUGUAUAAUAUUAUUUAAUACUGAUGAUUACAAUAAAUUGCAUUAAAUGAUUCAAUCUUUAUUAGCAAGUGAAUAAAUUAAAGAUCAUGAAUUUAGACCUGUAAUAAUUAGUAUGUGUGUAAUGUUUACAGGUAUUUAUCUUGGCAAAGGAGAAGUAAUAAUAUAUAUUAAUUUUAAUUAGGAAGCCUUAUGUUUUGCAAGAAUGAAUUAUAAUGAUUAUGAUAAAGGUAUAAUAACACUUGAUACUUUAUUGGCUUAAAUUGGUUAUUGUUUUUAUAAUCUAGGAAAGUCAGCUAAAUAUGUUUUUGAAAAGGAGCAUUUCUAUAUAAAGGCAUUAGAAUAUUAUUAAAAGAGUAUUGAAUAAAAUUCUGAUAAUCAUCUUGUUUAAUAUAAUUAUGGAAAAUUACUUGCAAUAACUGGAGAUAUUAAAAAAGCUUUUUGUCAUGUGGAUUAAGCUUGUAGAUUAUGUGGAGCUGAGAUUAAUUUUAAGAUUUUAAGAGCUCUUCUCUAUUAAACUUAACAUGAAAAUUAAACUGCCUUAUAAAUAAUAUCAUCAUUAUUAAUAAUAAAAUAAAGUCCAUUAUUAUAUUUUAUUAAAGCUUCAGUAUUAACAGAAAUUUAUCUAUUAAAUUUAUUUAAUGAGAAAGAAUUGUAAUAUGCUUAAAAUAUAAGUGAAGAAUUAAAAUAAUUUGUUAUCAAAAAAUUUUAAAAAUCAAAAGAAGUUUAGUCAAUUUUAUAAAAUCUUAAGAAAUUUUUAUUAGGAGUUUCAAAAAAAAUGUAUGAAUUUGAUUAAAAUGAUUAAUUCAUAUUUCAAUUACCUCCUUUAAAGAGUAUGUAAAAUUUUGAUAUAGAUCCUCUUACAUAUAUCAAUUAUAGAAAUGUAUUAUAAAAAAUAAUAAUAUAUAGUGUAUAUUUAAUACUAUAGACAUUCUAAUAAAGUUACAAAUUUUUGAUUUAGCUAAUCAAGUAUUAGAAUUAGUUGAUGAUGGUAAUGAAUCAAAUGAUAAUGAAAAAUUGUUUUAUGUAAAAUAUUUAUAUUGAAAUUUUUAGUAAGGAUUGUUGGAAGAGAAAAAAGAUAAGAUUGAUGUAGCAUGUCAUUAUUAUGAGGAAGUGUUAAGAACAGACUUUUAUCAUGUUAGAGCUAUGUCUAGAUUAGGAUUAUUAUAUCUGAAACAUUAUAAAGAUAGUAAAAUAUAAAGAGCUAGUGAAUUAUUGAUUGCUGCAUCGAAAUUUGAAAAAACAUAUGAAAUUUGGUAAAAUAAGUGUGAUUAUAUUGUAGUUUAGGAUUAGGUAUUUUGAAUCAAUUAUAAAAUAAUAAUAGUGAAGCCUAAAAAUUCCUUAAUGAUGCUCUAAGAUUAUUGAAAACAUCUCCAAUUGUCAGUUUUCAAAUGAUUCCAGACAUUUUAUUUGGUUGA